CCCCAAUCGCUGGUACUUGGUCGCGAUGUCAGAUACGGGAGAAUCAGUCAGUCGUCGAGUGACGCCGAGCGUUUGAUGAUUGUCAUAAUCGUCCACAUUCAACCGUUGCGAUCGUUAGAACCAGUGCUUCCAGACGAAAGCCUUUGUAUCCACGGUGGCUGAUGGUGAGGAUGUGGUGAGGGGUGCUCUCAGGUUAACUCGCUGAGACUCAGCUACGGCGUAAUCACGCGUGGGAACCGGGAGAAGCUGAGACGUGCUGCAACGUGUCACAACGUAUUGCACAACGUGCAAGUUCAUUGCUUUCACGAUUGGCGAGUUCUCAGCCAAGGACUUAUCAAACGCGGAUUAAUCGUGCUUCCAGCGUAGCCUCUCUAUUACAACGAACCUCAUUUUCGGCGGCGCGUGGUGUCCCGAAUAAAACGCUCGCACGUCCACGUGAAACCAGCUGAUACGUGACACAGAACAAUGGCACUAAUACGAGGACUGCGGCCGUUCUUGCUCUUGGGGACGAAUUAUUCGUCUAAGUGGAUGUCCAGUCAGGCGGCCCUCGCGAGAACCGUGUCUACCAUGCAACCGCUCUCCAAGAGCAAAGAGGUCUCUAUAACGUUUGUUAAAGCCAAUGGAGAGAGGAUAAAGGCGAAGGGGAAAGUCGGUGAUAGUAUUUUAGAUAUCGUUGUAAAUAAUGACAUCGACUUGGAUGGUUACGGCGCUUGCGAAGGGACACUGACAUGCAGCACUUGUCAUUUAAUUUUUCCUAAAGAAGUAUUCGACAGUCUUCCGGACGAACCUACGGACGAAGAACUGGAUAUGCUGGAAUUGGCGUUCGAGCGAGGUGACACCUCAAGAUUGGGAUGCCAGAUAACAAUGACUGAAAGCCUAGACGGCAUUGAGGUGAGAGUACCAACUACCAUUAACGAUGCGAGGCAAACAUGAUAACUCAAGAAACCGUGUUCAAUCGGCGCUUAGAUAAUUUUAGGCCGAAAUUUAUAAGUAGCUUAAUUCAAUCCAAUAUUUUUUUUCUGAUAUAAAUGCAAUUUGUAUAUAGUAGUAAAAAAUUAUAUUCGGAUCUAAGUAUGCAAGAAAUGUUGUACAGACGCAAUUUUUUAAAUUGUAUAUAUUAUGGUGCACAAUGCAAUAUAUAAAUAUAAAUAUUAUAUAUAUU